AUGCCCAGAUAUGCUGGGGCGCCGAGCGGUGGCACCUCACGAGCGCGGACCCUGCCGUUGUCCGCACCAGUGAGCGCAGACUACGACGAAGAGCAAGAAGAGAAUGCGUCGGCAUCGGCCGUGCACAUGCGGCCCAUUUUGCUAUGGACGCAUGACCCGCCCAACUUUUCCCAGCAUGACUUUGUGAUGAAUCCGGCGAUCUCGCUGCCGAAUGAGUCUGACACGGAGCUGCUGAUGCUGAUGAGUGCUUCGACUUUUGAGGAGAGAGAGGCCGCGCUGACGCUUGGCAAAGACCCUAUGACGCUGGACACGACACGCACGCUGGUGUUUCGGGCCAAGCAAGCUGUGGCUGAUGCGGCCGUCGUCGCAAGACAGCCGCAGCUGCAGCUAUCUGUGUCCAGAAGCAUAGCAUCGCUGUGCCACCUAUCGAACCGCUCGCAGGCCGUGAUCAUGCGCACACCGCGCGAGCACCACAUUAUCACGCACAUGGAGCUCUACUUUCGAGACCAGUACAUGGGCCGUGCUGACAUGUGGCGCCUUGCGCUCUCACGCAUUGACUCAUGCGUCUAUAUCGGCCAGGUCAUUUCCCUUCCGACCGGCCUGCGUGCGAAAGUCGGGCGCCUGUUUGUACAUAAGCACAGCGUCUUGUCGGGCUACGUGGACACAUCGACGAAGCCCAUCUUUCGUUCCGAGUCAGCGCGCUGCACCAUCUUUAUACAAAUGUCGAAGGAAAUGUGGGAAUUCGACGAACAUGGUGAGCUGUAUUACGAAAAAGUGCUGCAUGGUUUUCUGCCUGAUAUGCUGCGCCGCUGGAAAGUCAUUGGGACGAAUCAUGUCGUGUCCCUCGUGCUUUUCACUCGAGUGCUGUAUGAUGAGAGCGAGAAGGCAUAUCUCAAUGGAUUGCCGCUCCAGUGCACGUCAUCUGGCGAGUGGUAUGUCGACUACUACAAGGUUGUGCUCGAUCUGGAUUCCCUUACGCAAUGGCCUGCGGUGAUGCGCAUUCUCAAGGAAGAGUUUUACCAUUUCCAGCACGACAUUCUUCUGCGUCCCGUAUCGCCAGGUGCCGACAUCGAUCGACGACGGCUGCUGGGCCGCUUCGCCAGUGCCUACCAAGGCAACCUUCUCGAGGCGGUGAAUAUGGAGCUCAAUUCAUCUAACAAGCACUAUAUUGAUCGCGACUUGACCCGCACAGGCUUCUUGCUUAUUGUGCUCACCGCUGGUACGGGACACUUUCAUGCGGACAAGGCCUUGUUGCGCCUCACGACUCAGCGCAUGUUCGACCAGGCCAUCUCGAUGGACUUGGUAUGCCUCUCCCAAAUGCCACUCCAUACUGUCCCCCUCUUCCACCACAAAUCCACGGAGCCGACAAAGCACAGUCCGUCUCAUGAUCCACUGUUCCAGGAUGCGACGCCUCGUGGCUCGCAAUACACGUAUUACUCCAUGCCGUACUGGAUCAACUGCAGCUUCUACCAAGCGGACCACAGCCAUCUGCGCAGACGCAAUCGCUUUGUGCCGCGUUGUCGCAUGAAUGAUAUCCACCUGCUCGAGCUCCUGGGUGCCCGCAAGCAACACAUCACGCUGCCUUAUCUCUUGCUCCCUCAUGCAUCCUUGCCGACGGCCUCUGGCUCUCAUGCGCGGGAGCAGCAUGAUCGGGACCAGUUCGCGCCUCUGCACGGCAUGCCGUCAGCGCCACCUCCCUGGCCACCCGAUCUACAAGCCGAAGCACCGAGGCCCGCAUCACUACCGGCCACGCGAUGGUCACAGGGCAGCUCGACUCCCUCGCUGUCCUCCGCCGUAUCCGGUCAAGCGGUGCAUCGCCUGCCCUACCAGCACGCCGUGGGCAAGGCGGCGCCCGUCGUGGGUGAGACAGCUACAACCCUGCUCGCUGUGCGAUCAGCCGCCUCUUCCAGGUUCCAGGUCCCUGCGACGAUGUCAGACGUGCUGUUCCGCUCGCCAUCAUGGCGCUCCCUUUUACCCUGGCAACGACCCACCAAAAUCUCGCGCGGGCAGUCGACGACGUCUGGCAACGCUUCGCGUGUCCUCAACGCUGUCUUGCGUGCUUCCCACACGAAAACUGCACCGACACUGAUCGAGCACUGCACAAGAGCCGCAUCGCACGUCGUAGCUGACACACCGACGCUGGAUGACGGAUCAGAUGGGAUGCAGCCCAAACUGUCGCCUGAUACGCCGCGACAGUUGCCAGUGGGCCCGCCCACAUCGCACUCGAGCCAACAUGCACUCCUCUUGCGUUGGCAACACGUUUUUCUGGAGCGGGCUAACAAGCACACAGUCAAAUGGUGGUCCAUGUCGUCGCCUGCCUGUUUGCCGCUCACGACGCGCUACCUGCCUCAUGCACGAGAACUCGCCACGUCCUGGCACGAAUACCCAUAUACAGUGUCCGUGCACUCGGACACGUCGUCGAUCAUGCUCAAACGCGGUGCAUCGUCGUCGUCGCCAGCACUGCGUAUGCUGCGGGAAAUGUGUGCGCAGCGCCUGUCGCAAGGAUUUCAGCUCGUCGAGCGCCCAGUCUUUCUGCCGAAUAUGGCGUCGCCGCAUCAUAUCGUGGUGCGAUAUCCCACCGAACUCUUGCGUCCAGGUAACUUUGCCGAUGGCGAGCCGAUCUAUCUCAGCACCAUGAACCAAGUUCACUGCAUCACGUACAACCGCCAAGCAGGCAUGAUUCAUGUCACGCGCUACAUCCACAAAGUACCCUAUGAUACGACGCCCACGACCUACCGCUGUUGUGUAUGGCCGCGCGCUCAAGUGGGAUACCACCCUAUCGACGUGCACUUCCAGUACCCAGAUCCACACGCAUACAAUUGGGCGUACCUCGACUCGAUCAUUGCCGGCUAUGAGGACACCUUCACCGAGUCGUUGCUGUACUGGCGUGCUCGCUUUGUCGUGGUCCCCAGUGAGCACCCGCCGAACCGGAUUAUCGCCCGAACAGGCGAGUAUCUGAAUGACGAGGAGGUGCGACUCGCGGGUAUGGACCGCCUCGCCGACUUGUUUGCACGCGCCGAACACUUUCAUGACAACGAGUCGCUGCGGUUUCUGCCGACGACACUUGAUCCAUCGUGCUCGAUGCGAGACGAGUCCUUCCUCUGUGCACUGACCGAAAUGCAUGACGAGCUAGAACGCCAACGCAGCCACAAAGACCGAGCGCCUAUGCGUGAUGUCGCUUCUCGGUCGCUAGCGCAGCUCGCCGACGACAUGCUGGCGGCCAGUGCCGAGCUAAAGAUCCACAGCCGCCAGUGGCACAAUGUGUGGUAUUCGGAUACUUUUACUGGUGCUGACCUUGUGACAUGGUUGUGCCGCUCAUUCAGCGACGUGCAUACUCGCGAUGAGGCCGUGCAAUUAGCGUCGCGUCUGCAGCAGGCGGGCCACAUCACACAUGUGCUGGGCGUGCAUGGAUUCAUGGAUGGUCACUACUUUUACCGGCUUACACGUUUGCGCCAAGACUUGACAACAAGUAGCACGCCCAUGGCUACGUCGUCCUCAGGUACGAACAAACGCAAGGAGCGACGCCGCGUGCCACUCUCGCGACGCAUGCUGAUUGAUGUGGAUCCAGACCGGCGGAGCUCCCGCUCGGAAGUCGCGAUCCUGCAUCAUGACCUCGCUCACAAUGCGGAGAACGGCUUCAAUUUCCAAAUUCACUGGCUCGGCGCGACAGCACGCCUCAUUGACGAUCUCGUCCAAACUUGGACGCGAGCGGUCGAACGUUACGGACUGCGGCUCGUCGAAGCACCGAUUGGGCAGAUAAAAGAUGUGGGGCUGCACAAUCCGUUCCAGGCACCCGUACCUAUCUCUCUCGUUCUCGACCCUCCGACGCAGGAUAUGUACCUGCCGACGCUAGAGCGCAUUCACGGCACCCGCAACGCGCACGCGCCGUGUGAGCCGACGGACCACCUCGAGUCCUGGAUCACGCGGCACGUAUUUGGCCGCGACCCAAAGCACACGGACCACCUGUUCGAGACGGCGCUCCUUCGACAUUUCGGCUUCGUGCUGGAUCAAGAAGCCCAAGAUCACUUCCCCCGUGACAUUGAAUUCCAUUACUCGUCUCGGCCCAACAACUUUGACUAUACACAAUUCGUUCAUCGCAGCGGCGUGGCCUUUGUACAGAUGAUAGGCGGACCCAGCGGAUUUUUGUGGCUGGACAACCGUUUGUUCAACCCACGCGCGCAUUUCAUCCGUGGCUUGAGUGGCGGCAUCAAGUCCAAGCGGGCACCGCCACCCGAUGCAGAUCAUGUGCGAUGCACAUUCCAGCACAUGUGCCAGGAUCGCGAUGCACUCGCCUCCUUUUAUGACCGUGUAUGGGGCGUGCUGCGGCGAUUGUGCCCCUCUGAUUAG